CUAAUUGGCUUAAUAUAAACAUCCCUCUCUCCUUGACAAAUUCUUUCUUAUUUUCCUCAGAAACCAUCUUUUAUCCCUCAUUCAAAGUUCUCUCUUUUCCCCCUCCAUUUUCUCUCCUUUCCAUCACCUCCCCAAAGAACACCUAAAACCCUUUUCCUCUUAUUCUAUUCUCCUUCUUUCCCAGCAGUUUUCUUGAUUUCCUUUGAUUCCUUAAUCAAAAACCCAUCUUUUUCUCUUCUCUUUGGUUCAUUCUGCUCCUCAGUUUUCCUGAUUUUGUUCAAAGAAAAAGGUCUUCCUUUCUUGGGUUUUAUUCUUCAAUCAAAACCCAUUUUAUUCCUUUAUAUUCUAGGUUGCUCUGUUUCUUCUCUGUUUUGGUGCUUCCCAGCAAGAACAGAGUGUUUUCAGUAUUGGGUUUGCUUCAUUUUUGCUUCGCAAGCUGUUUUCUUUUUCUGGUUGAGAAUGGGGUUUUCAAAAAAGACACAAAUGGAUGGAGGGUUUGACUCUGAAGGUAAGAAAUGGGUAAUAGCCGGAAUUGCAAUAAGAACACUGAAGCCUAUAAACACAAAAUCCAGAGGAAAAGACACUGAGGAAGAUGAAGAUGAAGCAUGUUCAACAACACCAACCUCAAAAGAAGCAAGAAUACCGGAGAAAUUACCAUGCCCACCUGCUCCAAGAAAGCGCAGGCCUCCUUUGAGGUGCCAUUACAGUGGGGUUAGAGAGUUCUUCACUCCUCCGGACUUGGAAUCAGUCUUUAAAUGCCAUGUUGAGAAGGCAAAUUGAGUCACUUUGAGUUCGAGAAUAGUUUAUCCUAGAGCAAGAGUUUGAGUUUUUAGAUUAGGAGUUUGUUCCUUUCUGUUUUCUUUUUCAUUUUUAACUAGUCCUUUUUGUAUUAGUAUCUCCUCUAUACAAGGUAGUCGAGAGGAGUUGAAGGUGUACAAAGAUAUGAUAUUUAUGAAAUGGUUAGUGUAGUUUUUUAGUCAUGUUAUUGGUUCUAUAUCUUAUUGGUUCUAUAUCUUCAAGUUUCCAGCUUUAGUGCUUGUAUUGUAAUGCUUUUGAAGUUCAAAUUAAAGCUUGAAGAUUAAU